GCGUGUAUUAUUGCAUUUACUACUCAAUUUAUUGAUCGAUGUAUAUAUCGUUAUGCUUAUAGUCCAGAUGGAAGUAUGAAAGGUUUUGUGAAUUUCACUCUUUCAUAUAUGUCAACAGAUCGUUUUAAUUCUCCAACUAAUGAAACUUAUUGCAG